AACGUGACGUUAUACACGCCGAUUUUAUUGAUUUUACGCUCCCUGUUAGCCCUGUUCCAGUGUUCACGUUACAACCUCAUAUCAGUCAUAUCGUGAUUUCGUUCGUGAUAAAUUUUUGAUUGUUGUGUUGUGGAUGUGGAAUGUGUUUCUGUGUUCGGUGUGAAAGUGUGUCUAGUUGUGGCAUGAUAACAGAAAAUGAGUAAAAAGUGAUGAUUUUUGUUCUUUUUUCCUUUAUAAUUUUGAUUAAUUAGACCAUUCAUUUUCCCAGUGUUCAAUUUUUACGAUAUAUGAACAGCCGGUGAUCCGAAUACAACGUUUUUAUGAUCAGCUUCUGAAACUAUUCUUCUCGGUUAUUUGCUAUCAACGAUUCACUUUUUGAAGCGAUUUCUUCUUAUUGCCGUGGAGGAAUCCGAAAUUAACCGAAGGUGAUCAACAUCUAUACAGAUCUUCUCAGAGCCAUUCGAAAAAUCUAUUCUCGAACUCUUGAUCAAGUACAACGAAUAGCUGAUUAGCUCGCGUUCAGUCAUCUAAAGAUAAUGUCCAGUUCUCCGAAGAGACGUUGUGUACGACCUGUAGGACCUAAUGGAUCCGCCGAAACUUGGUCCACUACUAACGUGAAUGUUUACACAACAGAUCAUCCGUGGAUACUCAACAACUACAGUUUUCAAGAUGCGAAAGGAGAGCAUAUAAAAUCGUCGCCAUUCACUUCUGAUUUCGACGGCGAAACUGAUUGUAAAUGGUUCCUGUACCUUAAACCGAGAGGUGAAAAAAACUGCAAAUCAAAAGGCGACAAUGACAGCAAAUCGAAAUUUGAAAAUAACAUCAAACCAAAGGGCGAGAACGAUUGCAAACCAAAAAUUGAGAAUAACAGUAAACCGAAAAGUGAGACUAACAGCAAACCGAAAGGUGAGAAUAAUAACAAACCGAAAGGCGAGAAUUACAGCAAACCGAAAAGUGCAGAAAACGAUGGCAAAUCGAAGAACGAAAAUGACAGCAAACCGAAAGACGACGAAUACGUUGCUUUAUAUUUGCAUCUGGAUCCGAGCAGUCAAUGUAAAAAUAUAUUCGCCAAAACCAAGUUUUCUAUCGUGACCGAAAAUCAAAAAGAAGCCAAGUCGUGGGAUAGCUCGAUCACCGAAUUCAUUGUUAGCGCAGAUGGCCCAAAACCGAAACGUCUGUCUUGGGGAUGCGCCAAGUUUGUUCAGAGAUGCGAACUUCUUAACCCCGAAAACAACUUACUUCCGAACGAUACGUUGACCAUAUUUUGCAAAAUAGAGUAUUCGCAAGUUAUCUUCACUAAUACUUCUCAUUCGUCCAAGUCGAUUCCAUCUCGACCAGCUUUGCCCAACAAUCGUCUUUCCGAAGAUUUUGGAGUGUUGCUGAAAAGCAACGAUUUCGCGGACGCUUUGAUAUCGGCGAAUGGAGUAAAUUAUCCCGUUCAUAGGACAAUCUUGAUGGCGCGUAGUCCGGUGUUUUCGGCCAUGUUCAAGUACGAUGAUAUGCAAGAAACAGAAACGAAAUGCGUCAAUAUACCGGAUAUCGAAGAAAACGUCCUGAAAGAAUUGCUACGAUAUAUUUAUACGGGAAAAGUGGAAAAAUUAGAGGAUCUGGCUGGAGGCUUACUCGCCGCUGCCGACAAAUACGACUUGACAGAGCUGAAGGAUAUGUGUGAAAUCGAAUUGAUCGAAAAUCUAUCGAUCGAAAAUGCUGCUAAUACGUUAGUAUUGGCAGAUUUGUAUCGUGCAGAUGAAUUGAAGUCCGAAGCCAUGAAUUUUGUCGUCUCGAAAUCAGCCAAAAUAAUGAAUACGGAAGCUUGGGACUGUCUUGUUGCGCCAAGACUGCAAUUGGUUAAUGAGGUUUGCAAAGCAUUAUCCCACCGAUUGGAUCGAAAUUUUAAAUAAAUCCGUUUACGUAUAUUCUUGCGUAUGCCUAAUCGUAUCAUUUACUUAUGAUCAUGGAGUAGAUACCGAGUUUUGUUUUAAUGAGUGUCAGUUAUGAGUAAACUAAGUACCUAUUUGUUUUUAAAGAUUUUCUUUGUGUUUUCUUCCCAACAACAGCUGUUUGUUAUUGAAUGGUCUAUUAUAAAUCUAAAUCAACUCUAAGAAUUGUUUUGUUUUUUUUGUUCUGUAUUUUAAAAAUUUUUCUAUAAUACAAAGUUGACGUAAAACUACUCGUUUGUCGUAAUAUUAUCGUUCUUGAUAUUGAAAAUUUUCCAUGAUAAUUGAUACGUAUGAAAUCUUUUUAAUUUA